AUGGUAUCGAUACGAAAUUUCUACAAAAACUCGACCAUUCUUAUUUCCGGUGGGACCGGAUUCCUAGGACAAAUUUUAUUGGAAAAAACCUUACGAUUACUACAACCAAGCAAGGUAUACCUUCUGAUUCGGAAGAAAAAGGGACUCGAUGCCGAGCAACGCUUGCAUAAAAUGAUGGCAGGUAUAGUAUUCGAUAGGGUCCGCUCGUUGUCCACCUUACCCAAGGUAGAAGCAAUCGAAGUGGACAUGACGCGCCCAGAUAUGGCACUCAGUGCGGAAACUCGUCGGCAGCUCGAGCAAGAAGUCGAUGCUGUGUUCCAGCUUGCAGCCUCCGUUAGCUUCAACGAAUCACUCCAAACCUCUUUAAGAGAAAACGUUCAGAACAAUUUGAACCUUUAUAACUUAGUGAGAGACAUGAAGAAUCUUAGAGUGGCAAUGCAAGUAUCCACGAUGUAUUCCAACUGUAACCGAGAAGUCAUUGAGGAAAAAGUGUAUAAUGAUGUGGGUUUCGGAGGAUACGACGCAAUUGUGAAAAUGCUUAACCAGUUGCAUGAGACGCAAAAGGAAGCCAUAACUCCGUAUAUAUUGAAGGGUUUACCCAAUACGUACACGUUUGCCAAGAAAUGCGUUGAAAUAAAGCUUCAGCAGGAGUUCUCUCAUCUGCCUGUUGGAAUAUUUAGGCCCCCAGCAAUAACGUCUACGUAUAAAGAGCCGCUGGUCGCAUGGAUCGACAACAUGUACGGAGCCGGUGGGUACGUUCUUCCUAUGAUUCUCGGACUAUAUUCUGCGUACUUCUUGGACAAUGCCACCGUUCCGAUGUUUGCACCUGUGGAUUAUUGCGCCAAUGCCCUACUUUUGAGUGCUUUCGAUGUGGCCAACAGCUUCCAUACUGGUCGGAAUGUAAUUCCAGUUUAUAACUAUGCCGAUAAAAGUUGUCCCAACUUCCAAGACACCUACAACUAUUUCGUUGAAGGUCUUCCGUGGCUUCAAAGGUCCAUCUAUCGUCACUUCAUGAACACUCGCACGACAAACGAGUCCCGAUACCGGUUUGCUGUAGCACUGAUGCUGGCUCACGCCUCGGCUAUGGAUCGAUUGAGAAUCAUGACAGGUCAGACGCCGGGCAUACGGAGAGCGGUCGAGCGUGCCCUUCAAAUGAUGGACAAGUCGAGACUACUAAUGGUAACGAACUGGGAGAUCGAAAACGCGAACAUCAAACGAAUCCAGCAGAGUUUGGAUCCUGUUGAACGGAAACUGUUUGAGUGUGACCUCGGGACUGUGAACUGGAGGCAGCACUUUGCGGAUUUUAUACCCGGAUUGAGAAAACACGUGCUGAAUGGGCGUAAAAAUAAUUCCAGGUAG